UAGCUGACAGCGUCCAAUGCAGCGAGGUAGCUGAAAUAUUCACUGCUGGUAGUCGUGGGGUCAGUCGUUCUUUUCAUUCUACUUUUUCACGUUUCCACAAGUUUAGAAUGAUGCGACGCUUGUAACGAUUGAAGUGUCUACUAGGUCUUCUGUUGCAGUCCACUGGUAACUGCUAUACAAAAAAGUGCAAGCGGGGAAGCCUUCGGCCGGAGCAGACCACGCAUCGCCAGGACAUCAAAAUGAGCGAUAAUCAAAGUCGAGCGAUCUCGCCACCGCUAGUGCCGCGUUUCUACGCCCGGUGCCCCGAGCAGUCGGAUCGAAAAGAGGUACCUACGACGAACUGUUGAAGCUUAUGCGUUUUUCGUCAUGCAGAAUUCAGACAACUUCAACUCACAAUGCAUGUACGCAUCACAAGUACUUCUUUACUUCAGGCCGCGCACUUCGAUAUCGGCAGCCCAGACGGGACACCCAUGAACGACGACCUGCUGAUGCAAAGUAUGGCUUACCAGAAUGGAACUUCACAUAUGCUGCGUUUGACAUGCUGUUUUGCUAUCGCCACAAGAAAAUGAGAAGGCACGACAACAGAUCACUCUUUGACUCAAAGGCGGAAGUUCAGACUGUCGAGCGUUUCAGUUUCUAAGAAAGGAAAAGCUCCCGGGGGCAUGAUGAAUUUCGCCAGGCCCUGAGAGAUAGCAAAGCGGCUUGGAAAAAUUGCGGGGGCAGUUUUCAUUCCCAUAAAGGACCGUACGGCGACAUGUUGUUGGAGCAAAAGGAACCAGAAGGCACUAAGUAUUGAGCGUUAUCUGUGAUUCAAAAUACGUAGUAGCACGUAGCUACGUAAGAGCAAGCAGAAUACGAAUAUCAUUUUUCACACGGAAUGCAGAUGGCUCAAUGUACUUUCGCUGCCUUCGUGCGUAGAAUCAAACCAAACAUGAAAUAUUCACAGGGCCACUGCGCAGCAUGCCGCUUCGCUGCCACCAGCAACUGCCGGCACUUCCUCUUCAAGUUCGACCUUUCUCAACCGGAUUCCAAGCCCGCUGAAAAAACGACGGUCGGUCGUGGCAGAGGAAUCCACGACGCAUACCUCAUCGCCAGUGAAGGCAGCAAGCGGAACGACGAGCAGGAGCGCAAAUCACGUGCAGAGCGGGAACGUAUCUGCACAAGGAGCCACCGCCGUUUUCACCGUCUACCCCCCGAGAUUUCCAACCGCCGAAGAAGAAGAGAACUACCUGCGGGACGAGUUACUGGACGGGUUUUCGGCGAAAGACGAGGAAGACGGUUCUCAUGCGGUAAGAGAAGAAGGCGACUACGACGGUCAGGACUCGGAGGGCAUCUUUGUCGACGAGGAACUGUUGGUGUUGCCGGUGCACCACGGGCAUGUGGACGAGAAUUCGCGUGGGUCAACAUCAAAGCCACGAGUGCAGCCCAGUCUCCUGCCCGCUGCCGCGGUUGAGGACCGCGAAAUUUCCGAGGAUCCAGCGAUUAUCUACUUCGACGGAGAACUCGGAAAUAAUAGCGCGGAAUUCCAAACGCAAACUGCCAUGGUCGACCUCAUCGGACAGUCUUCUGUUGGCGUAUGGAAUAGAACGUAGGGUGAGUCAGCUGAACAUCGUUUUGUUAUGCGGAGGCUGCGUAGUUUCCUGCCCCUCCGGUCAUUGAUCUGUUUCAGAAUUAGCAGGCUUUCCUAUUAGCAGGCUUUCUUUCAUCACCCUCGGAAUUAUCGUUAGGAAUUUUUGAAUUUAGCAUGUCCCUCUCAACACCGCAUGAAAAAUGUCAGCUUGACUCAGAUUUUCCAAAGGAUAUCCUGCGGGUUUGGAGCUGUCACGGAUCACUGAGGAGCAGGCUACGAAUCGGAGUAGUGAUGAUUUGUUUUUGAUGUUGUUUGAACUCAGUCUCACCCAUUAGCAGUAUUUUUGUCAUGCGCCAAUAUUAGAAUACGAUCUCCUUUCCUCUACCACAACAGGCGACCUGCUUCCGGAAGACGGAUCACAAACCGGCGAAGAAUCCGUGUCCAUCCCGGAAGUCGGCGCUGAGGUGCUGCCGCAGAUGUUUCGGGAACUGGUAGAGCAGGAUCGACAGGAGGACUUGAGCAAAAUCGUGUCGCAUGUUAUGUCACUCUGCGGAGAGGGAGAGGAGGAAAAGUUAAAGUAUUUUAGCAUUAUCUGUUUCAUUCACGGACGUUGCUUCUGAUAGAAUAGUAUGACGCGUCUUUAUUUGCAUGUCAGAAGGGGUGAAGAAAAACAUUCAAGUCAGACAAAAAUUUAAAUUAUCAUCGCAGCUCUGCUGCCGCAAGUACCAGCGACGAGCCAGAAAGCAUGUGCCUCACCCCGACGCUACCAAUAGCUGCACCUCCAGAAAAAGAAGCGCCUCCGUUCGACAGUUCUGCGGCAACUAAGAGCAUUCCCGACGACAUCGGUUCGUCCUCUUACGCCGUCGAGGGCCAGCAUCAGCAGUUGCUCGAAACGAGCGAAAACAACACGUCCUUCAACAGCGCAACUACUCCCGCAGCUCUUGUUCCAACUUCCCUUCCGAACCUGAAGCCUUGCGAGUCGCUGGAGGAUCUCACCACGGGCCCGAGCUCGGUGCGGCGGCAGUGCUCCCGCGUGGAUUCGUUGACGCAGAUUUUGGAGAAACACAUGUACAAGGACGAAAUCGUGCAGCAAAACUGUUUCCGGGAGGAUCUCCACCGCUUCAAAUUCGACCUGAGCGUGGACCUGACAAAUGUGGAGCGGGAGGCGGAGAGUGUGUUGCUUAACAAGUCGGUGGAGGAACAAAACGGGGACGACAAACUGGGCGAAGCGUUGGAACGGCUGGCGAAGAGGAGACAGGAGAUGCAGUAGAAUUUCAUCUGUUCGAUAGGUUUUCAGUAUGUGUGCAUGUUGCUUGUUCGACACGUUUCAAAUCAAUGUGACUGCAUGCUGUUGCUGACUUCGGCUACAAGGAAAUGCAAAUAUGCAAAAAUUAUGAAAUUUCAAUGAUCCCCCAGGUCCCGUCGCGAGCCUGCAGCCGCCCGUUUCGCCGAUCUGAAGCAGUCCACUGUGGUGCACACCACCACUGCCUCCCAGCCGCCCUACCGGCAAGGGCACGACCCAACGGUCUAUCAAGCAGAGCAAUCUGUGGUCUCGAUGCCGCGGCGGCCGGCUUUUGCCUCCCAGCCGAGGAACUUGUUCGGCGCGAAGCGGAGCACGAGUAGCGGUGGACAACAAGGGAUGAAUUAUUCGCAGAACACGAGCCGCCGCUGCGCCUCCACGAACACGAUCCGGGGCUUUGCGCGCGCGGGGGGACAGGUGCUGCUGGAUGAAUCGACUGAGCUAGAAAAGAAGAUCGCUAGCCUAACGGCAACGCAGCGUCGCACCCACUCCGCGCGGUGCCGCAGUCGGCUGGAACAGCGCGGGCCGGGCGGAAACGGGAUUGGUACUUUUGGAACUGCAGGGGGCUCCUUUAAAGCCCCUGACAGAAGUAGUGCUCCACCAUCCUCUACCACGAGUUUCGGUGGUGUUGCGAGCAGAAGCGGCACCACUCGCGCUAGCAGUGCUUUUACGCAGAAGGAGGCAGGCUAUGGGAGGAAAUUUCCCACAUCCAUUGGAACAGCAAGCCGUCAGCUCCGGGGGCUCUCGCUGGAAGCGAAGCAGAACGCGGAAAAUAUGAAGGUACUACUGGGUGUAUAACGGUGUGUACCAUGCGCAUGCAUGAAUGCAAUGGUUUCUUCAGCACAUAUCCCAAAAAGCCGAGGUCGGUAAACAUAAUUGUCGUGGUGAUUUUUCAGCCCUUCACAAAAAACAAAACCAGUUCUCCUCCGGCGGCGCGUUGUUCAACCCGCAGCCGCGGAUUAACCAAAAACCCGCGACGGCGUACUCCAACCCGAAAAAGUCGCACGAGUCUUUCAUCACGUCCCUGCGACAGCCGCAGAAGUUUAAGAAAAAGUCCAGUUACAUGUAUCAAAUGUAAAAGUGUCUGGGUCUGGAAGGAUGCGAACUUGUGAUGCGCAUUUCACAACACAGACAAAUCUCUCAUGCAUAGGCAAGAAGCUAAAGUCACGGGAGGAAAUGAGAAGUCGGCGACUCAACGAAAAUCAAAACAAGCGGAAGCGAAAAGCACAAAGCAAAAGACAGAAGCAAGGGAGUUGGCCGAGCCAGUGCGAGCGGAAGUAGACCCCCUAACUUCAAAAGCGCCGCACUCAUUAGAAUUUUCAAAGGGAGGGCAUAAAAGAUACUCAAAGGAAGCCGGGGCAUCGCAAGACCAAAGAGCAAGUAGCGCUGCAGGACAAAGAGGGAGAGCGAGCAACAGUGAAAACGUGAGGAGAAGAAAAAGCGCCGAAGGAGAAAGAACAGAGUCCAAAAAGAGAGAAGCAGAAGGAGAAGAUACAACGCAAAGGAAAAGGCAGAAAAGCAAACAGCACGGAGAUAAUAAACAAGAAGCAGCCGAAGAGGUGGAGACGCUGGCGCAAACGAUGCAGCGGAUUAUCAGCGAACCCUUGCAGAUGGGCGCAGGAGGGAGAGCGGGAGGACGACUACAGGCGACGCAGGAUCUCUACGGUUAAACAGCUGAAAAGUCUCUAAGUCAGCCCGGGAGUCGCGUCUGAAUGUUCUACAAGUUUGAGAAAUGCACUUCGUUGACCGUUUGAAAACACAUCACUGCAAGACUUUGCCGGCUGCUGAAAAGUACAGCAGUCCAGUGCAGUAGAGUUCUAAGUCUGAAAUAGAAACAGGAGAGCGCUAAAAAAAAAAAGAAAAAGAAGCCUGCGAGAAGAUUCGCGCGACUUGGUGCGUUCGUCCCAAAGCCUCGCCAUUGCUCUAAGAGCCUUCAAAUUCUUCCCAGCUAGUGGAUCCAUUAAGCGGCCGACGAAAUUGAUACAACCAAGAUCAGCACGGGAGCACUCAGGCAGAUCACGAGGCAGGGCGAGGAACUUACAGGAUCCCAAAAAUAUACUAAGCAGGUAAAGAAGAUCGAGCCCAUCCAGAUAGAUAAGCCCGGAGACGAUCCAGACCAAAAAAAAAAAAAAACAAAAUAACUACGCAGGUAACGAGGCCAGGCGUAGCGCAGAGGGUUCGACUUGAAUGCGCGAAGAUUCUGAACCGCGAGCCGGGAGCAGCUAGCUAGACGGGAAAGGGGAGAGUCAAAGUGGGGAAGAGGCAGGAGAGGAGGCGACUAAUGUUGAGGAAGGAAUGAGGCGAGUUGAAUGGCGGCGAGUUAAAUUGAAAUGGAGGCGAGUUAAAGGUGAAGAGGGGGGCGAAUUUAAUUGAAGAGGAAGAAAAGAGGAAGGAGGGAGAUGAAGCAUAAAACAGGAGGCCAUCAGCUCGUAGAUAUAAGCUCCGCCAUUUGUAUAAGUAAGACAUUUUCUUUUAUAGUAAAUCAAGAACGGCGCGAGCACCUUAUAAACCCCCCCAGCCGUCCCAUAUUUGCAUGUGCGGGGAGUCUAAGUAACAUGGCUCGCCCGAGUCAUUGACGAACCGGGAAGAUGGGAGGUGGGGCUUACAGUCUUCAGACAGGCCAGCCGCCGUGAGGGACUACCGCCUCUGUUAUUGAGGAUAGCGUGUGUCCUCCUCGACUGAGUUGCGUGCGCGGCCCAUCCGUGUUCCGCGUAAACCUCUACAGGAGAGUGUGCGCCGCGUCGAAAGGCUCCCUUCCGUACGGAGCGCCCCGAACCCUUUUUAGCGCACCUUUAUGAUGGCCUUACUGUUGAAAGGAUGGAGGGAGUUACAUCAGUUUUUAGAACCCAGUCUGUUUAUGCUAGCAAAGGGCUAGUGCGCUGUGGACCCCCAGGAUCAGGUAGACGAGGUCCCAGACCGAAGUGGUAGGCGCUUAGGGUGAACUAUGUAUGUAGCGCUUAGGGCCCUUCCGUACGGCCAAUUUGUAUGCCCGUAACGGGGUUCGCCUAAGUCGGUAAUUUAUAUGCAAGGCGUUGGGUUACCCGGUCGGCAGAGCCGAUCCACAACGAACGAACGAUAGGCAGCAAAAGGUGCCCACUUCCUGUCCCUAAAAUGGGGGAUUUGUCAUGCGGAUUAAGCAAUGCGGAAGCUUCUCGAAAUCUGUCAUGCUAGGGCUUCCAUGACGGACAUUUUGUGUCAUGCAAAAACAGCAUGACAAGAAUCUGCAUUCUUCCAGACCCAGACAUUUUUACAUUUGAUAACAUGUCCACUUCUCUCAUUCUCGACGAGCAGAGCACCAUCAAUGACUUGUCCUCGAUCCACGACAAUAAUUCCCCCGGGCGCGGCGGCGGUGGGGGGGACGCCGUGGGGUCCUUCGCUGCUGGGACGAGCUGCAACCCGUGCAACUUAUCCAGCAUCUCUGAGGGCCGCGCGUACUCGCUGUGUAGUAGGCGAAGGAGCAGCAGCACUUCGGGGAAAGGCAAUGCUGGAUCUUUGCUGACGACCGGGAUUGUUCGCAGGGGCUCCUAUUACGGGCACUACGGGACAAUGGUUGGAGGCACCAGGCGGAGUUCCUGGUGUAGACUGAAAGAGCAACAAAUCGAAGACAAGAUGCACUCUACCGCUUCUGCUAGUAACGACUACGAGCGCUCUGCUGUCGCAGCUAUCCGCCCGCGAAGCAAGAGCGACGGGUUCGUCAGCGGGACCAGGUCGGUGCCGGUGGGGACCGGGUUUCGGGAUAGAGGGGAGAUGAAUGCGGGAAUAAAUAAGCCUUCGCUGGAGGAGAAAGCGAAACAUUCCCCUCGACCUCGAACAUUUUCCUCAGGCAGCUGCGGCACAACAAACUGGAGCGAGGGGUCCUCGAACUUCCAAGCGUUGCAGGAUCUCGAGUCGAUCCUAAUUGUCGACGGGAGUAGGAAAGAACCGAUGAUGAUGAAUCAGGCGAAGACCACCAGCUCUCCGGCGCUGGAAAAUGUAGUAGAGCAGGAGCUACAGGAAAAAGCCAGCGCAGGGCAGGAAAUCUUAGAAAAUGAAAACACGCCUUUCCAAAGAAAGAACUGCAAGCUGACAAAUGUAAAGGGCCCAAUCGACAGUCCCGAUGAUGACAACGAGUUUGCUCCUGGAAUAAACAAAGGCAACAAUCACCUCGACGACGCGGAGAAAUCUUCCCCGGAGCCCUGCCCCGGCGCCAUCGACUCCCCGGACGAAAAGCGGUCGAAUGAGGCCGUCGCGAACGAGUCAGACUCGUCCAGGAGCUCGCUGAACACGCCCGUGUCAGCUUCCCACGCGAUGAAACACGUAGAACAAACCGUAGUUAUCAGUCCAGCCAGUGACGCGAGCGAGAGUCUGCGGAUUUUGCCCGAAAACGGGCACCUGCGGUCGGAAAGCUCCGCCGCGAGGCUUUUGAGCAACAUCCAGGAAAUCUGCCGCCGAGCGGCAGGGACGACGAGUAGUGCCAAUAGCUCUGUCAGCAGUUGCGAAGAUGCCUCAAGUACUAGCUCGCCCUUGGAACUACUGCAUGGCACGAAAAGUAACGUGUUGUCCAACUACGAAAAGCAGAGGCGGAGAAGACUGCUGCUGCUGAAGAACGGCAAUCCGCCCGCCGUGCCGCACAGUUCGCCUUCUACGGCUUUCGCGAACGGUGCUGACAACGUGGGCUUUCUCUCCAAUCGGAUUUCGGUGGAAGAACGACUGCAAAUGAACGUGUUGCGGGACUUCGGGUGCAGUACCAAUAGUAACUCGACGAGAUCCGCGGAGGAAGUAGAGCGGCAGGUGGUAGCCGACGCUGCAGUUCCUCACAGUCACAACAAACCACCGACCGGGCAUUCAUCUGGGCAGGAGGGCGGCAGGAGUUUUAACAAUAAACCUCCAGUCAUGAGAACGACGACAACCUCCUCGUCUCUGACCCGUACUAAGCACGGGAAUUGCCCGGGAGCUAACUCUACCCGGGCUUCGUCCCAAGUACAGCAAAUCGCUAGACACGGCGCGGCUAGUGGUUCUUACCGCGUUGUCUCCACAAACGCGCGAAUCGGCGUCGGAUCUAGCGGCGAGCGGAGCAGUUUCGACGUUGAGCUGAGGACCAGCACCAGACCACCCGCGCCAACAAGCCGAUCGCAGCAAAUUGUACCUGCCAGUACCUCUUCGCUCACACGGUCAACUAAGAGUCACCAGGCCAGAAUCAAUUCGCACGCGGCGUCGCAAUACCGUCUCCCGCCACGAAAGAUCGUCCCGCAACGAGUUCCGCCACCCCGGGCGGCAAGCAGCCGAGCGGUGGCUAGUGGCUCCAGGACGGGUGCAGCUCCUACGCGCAGGACGACAACAAGCGUCGCCGGGCAGCAACAUCUUCCGCAGGCGGCGGAGCAAGUACAACAUCGCGGAGGUGGGUCCUUUUCUCGUGCCGCAACGCCGAGUGUGAAGACGCUCCUGCAGAAGAAUUACGUCAGUCGGAACAAGGGGGCAACGACCUCAACGAAUGCGGCUGUUCGGUCCUCGUUGGACCCGCCAAAACGAACCAUCAACGCAGUGGGGGCAGUACCAGCAGGUGCCGCAGGAGGAGAGUAUGAAGACAACGUCGUGCAUCACAGUAACGACGCGAAAAUUUCUCUACCCAAGCCCGACUCGCCGUCUCCGGAACAGGCUAGAGGGACGUCGCAUGUAAUAUCGGCUUCUACUGGCUGCAACGCAGCUUCGACGACGAGAGGACAUCAGCAGUUCGGUACUAUGAACAAGCCACCAACCAUUCCAUCGAAGCAGGAGAAGGAAGACACCGCGGCCAUGCAGUCGAUGCUGGUUUUGGCACAGGAGAUCACGGAAAAGAUUCGGAACUUCCAAAUGCUGUCCGGCCAAUUGACCGGAGACGACAGCCCGCUAUUGCCGGCGCAGCAUCUGCACGGAGCAAGUGGUGCGAACGCGGUUAGUGGUGUACAGCAUGGCAAUAACAUGACGUCCAGCAACAGCACUGCGUCUGCAGUGAAGCCGAGCGCUGGAGCUGGUGUGUAUUUGGGCAAUGCAGGCUUAGCGUCUUGCGUCAACCACAGCACGUUGUCCUCCAUAUCUACCGCGUCGAACUCGAGUGGCGCAACGGCGCAGCAACUCGUCUUGGCGGGAAGCAGAGCGAAGGAAUUAGCCGCAGCUUCUACAACCGCGGUUUGUCGAGCAGCAUCUGCAGCCUCCUCACCGCCACAAGCUGGUCAGCAGGGUAAUAAUGCUACGGGGAACAGUAACAUGAACUUCUACAACAGUGUAAAACCAGCGAAGUUGUUGAUGCAGCAGCCACAGCUGAAUAGUACCAAUAGUUUUGCGCACCAGCAGACGCAGCAAGCGUUUGCGCCGCAGCCGCGCGUGGGUGGAUUUCUAGCUGGCUCGGUACAGUUUGGCACAGCAGGAAACUACGUUGCCUCGUCUAACGUUGCGUUGCAGCCCCCGACGACCAACACCCGUCUCCACACCACCCGCAGUCCGCAGCAGCAGCGCGCGUUUUGCGAACGGUUACACGAUGGAGGAGACCGCCGCAGCCCUCCGCGCAUGGUCAGUCAGAACGUGACGCAGCCGAUUUACAGCCAAGUUGUGGUUGGAAACAAUUCAAGCGGGGGACCACAAGUGCCAGUAGCGCAAACGAGAGGGGGAAAGGUGUUGAGCCCGCCGCCUUUGCAACGAGGGAGCUCCUGCAAAGUCAGCAAUCUUCAUCAGCAGCCGGCAGCAAUUAUCCCGUCAACGACGGUGAAAACUUCGAAUCCGCAGAAGAUGCUAGCCUGCCUGCAGAAAGAGAUCAGCAGCGGUGACGUAGCUGUUGUGUCUUCAGCCACGACUUCUAGUACUGGGCAGGCGACCUAUCCGACAUCGAAGCUAAAUGCUCCGCCGCCACCACCGCAACACAGCGCGACGCUGAUGUCGCACACGUUGAUUAUCCUGAGUGAAAAUGUCCCCACCCCAGGCCCAGGGUUGUCAUGCAAAUCUGCAUACCAAAAAAGUUUCUCAUGCGGAGCCCCAUGAGAGCCAUCUUCUAAUCCUGUUUUGGAUUUUAUGAUGCUAGAAUCAGCAUGAUAUGCUACAUCUGUGAUGUUAGGAACUAGCUAAACAGGAUUACACUACGAGGAUAAACUUGUCAUGCGAAACAACCAGAGGUGGCCGAUUUGUGUAGCGGAUUUCCCAUCUUGACUCUGGUGUGGGGACAUUUUUACUCAGGAUAUUGAUCCCCGGCGCGAGCCCGGGGACAAUUAGCACCUGUUCCACUUCCGCGGGCACCACCCCCCUGACGCUGCACGCCCCGGCCCUGCUGGUCCCGAGUAGCAGUGCUGGUUGCCAACAACAGUCCGGGUCCUCUAGUAGGACAAGUGGAGGAGCCUCACAACAACACGCCGGUGUGCCGGCUUUGAUCGUGACGAAUAAACCCCCGGCGCACAACAACUCCACACCGCCCCCGUCUGCGCCGGUGUACUACAGGAGUAGUGUGAUGGGGAACAACCACAAUUGUUCUAGCUUCUCCUCUUCAGCAAGCUUAAUCGGUGGAGCAAAUCAUGCCAUCAUCCGAGGUGGAGCUGCCAAUGUGAUCAGCAAGAGCGAGAUGGGAAAAAUUGUUGGCAGUGGAACUACACCAGGUCCUACAAAUACGUCUGUGGACGACCACGGAGCAAAUGCAAAUGCAAAUCCGGCGGGGAAAAUCAAUAACAAGAAUUUACUGGAGCAGCAACAGGAGCAGUUGCAGUCGAUUCUGAAUUCCAGUGUGGUGUCCACGCCCGAACAGGAGAUCGUCGGCGCGGAGGAGUACUACAAGCUGCAAAACAAAGGCAACUAUCGCAGCCACAAGCAGUGGACGCCGGACCACUGGGCGAGUAACUCGUGCACGACGACUUCGCACAGCACGGAGUUUGGCAGCAGCAACUCGUGCCACCUGGCGGAGGAAUUGAGUCGCGAGGCCGACGUGCAGGAUUUGCUGGCGGAGGAGGAGGAAUUGCUCACCACGAUGGGCGUCAAGUACAGUCCCAGCACGAGUUUCGAAAAUUUGCUACUCCGCAAAAAAUUAGGCAUCCACUACGCGGAUCAGCACGGAAUUCUCAGCACGGCGGAGUGCUGA